AGACAAGAAGGUGACUAGGCAAGUAUGACAAGGUAACUGUUUUUAUAAAAGAAAUAGAAUCGUAGAGAUGGAUCGCCGUGGUAACAAUAAGACACAGCAAGGUACAUCGACUUUACUCGUUUAAUCUACUCUCUGUGCGCUCGUAUUUAUGCAAUCACACGAAACCGAAAUUGUAAUUUAUUGAGAGCUCUGUAAUCUAAUUUCGAUGUGUUCUAGAGAUCGACAGUAUUAUCAGUACGAUGAAGGCAGCCAUCACUAUUUCCUUGCACGCAGCAUCUGCGUGCGCUGUUAUUGUGUCCAGUCAGCUCGGUGGAUUUCUUUCUCAUCCGCGCAUUGAUACAGCCACACUUAUAGACGAGGGGGUGGAGCAGCAGGUAUCGCUAAAGCCGUCUUCGGUUGUAGGAGCAGAUGCGCAACAAAGGCGUUCUUCCAGAGAGCCUGUGCAAGCCGAGGUGAACAAGGGGAAUGAUGCGGGUGUUGCGGGUCAAAAUGGGCCUGCAGCUUCUGCCAAAGAACCCGUUCUUCCUGGUGACACUACUACGUUCUCGCGACAGGAAGUAAAGGGCCCGGCGCGCAGGCCGCUCGCCGAGGAUCCUCCAGGUGGUUGCCUGCCGUGGGUCGAGGAGGUUCUUCUACGGUUGGGGAACAGAAUCCAAUCCAUUCCCCCGUUCUGGCGGCAGCCAGGCUUUGUGCAGGAUGAGGACGGCGCGGACAGGGCCAGUCCGGAGGAUGUGAUUCGCGACAGCAUGCAGCGCGCGAUUGGAUCCCACCAAAGUUUUUUCCACUCCGCGCCGGCCCGGCUGUUUUGGCCGGAACAAAGGGGGAAAAUGGACGCGGUUAAGAGCGAAACGGAACGAGAGGAGGAGGAAAUGCGGGAAAGCUGGCCGCAGGGCGUGGAAAUUUCCACCUUUCGAAGGCCGAAGAAAGCAGCGUCUGAGAACAACGACAACAAGGGAGGAACUACUUCGACGAAGCAGUUGCCGUCGUUUUGGCGUCGACGGACGUACAGUUCCACAGAGGCGGGGAGUAGUUUCGCGUCCUGGACGCCGUGGCCCUCGGGCCGAUCUGUGUUGACAACGGGGGAGUCGCGGGGCGGUUUGGAACUGCCAACUCGAGGACCGCCGCAGAAGAAGCAGCGCUCAAUGUCGGCGCAAUUCACGCACGGCUGUUCCACUACUACUAGUAACGGGUGCGGCAGCAGAAACCCAAACCACCCUGCAACGUCUCAACAAGCAGCAAAGUACCAUCCUGCGCAACAAGAAACCGCGUUAGUGCUGCCCUGGUCCAGACUCCCGAAAAGCCGCAAGCGAGCAAGUUCCGGGCGGGAAAGCUGCGAUAUGAAUCCGCCGCCCGACGAUUUGGAUUUUAUGUACAGGGAACCCGAGUGCGUGUGCCAACGCAUUCGCAAGUCGGCCAGCGAGAAUGAGUGUUGCUGGCGUUUUUUCCUGGAGGCGAAAGCGAGACGGGUUCUCUGCAGGCCAGAUGCGAAGAACCUCGAGCGUCAAACCACUUCUGCGCUCACGACCAGGUGCUCCACCGCAAAAACCGGAGAUCACGCCACAACUAGUACAGGCGGGGACCACCUCCAGGAUGAUUGUGCCGCCGUUUGUGAUACUUCUUCCGAGCCAGAUGGAGACGACGAUGAAGGAGACGAGGGCAGUAGUAGCAGCGAUGAGUUACAGGAUCCGGAUGAUAUUCACAGUAGUCUGCAGCUGCAGGAGCGACGGACACGUAUCAUCGGCUCCAUGGACCGCCAGGUGGCGCUGGAAAAAUGGUACAAGUCGCAGCUGAAAGACGCGGGGGAUAAAAUCGCAGCCAACAUCGAGCGCAUCAACGCAGCGGAACGGGAGAGGAGACGAGCUGCUGCGAGUAGUAAACGCAAUGAUGGUAUUUGUGGCAAACCUCCGCCCCUACCAGUCAUUCCGAGCGCCAAGACACGUGGAAUCACGGGACCACAGGGAGCUGCGCCGGAGCUGUGCAAGCGUGACCAACACGACCCGAUGCUCAACUCCUCUGGAGGUUGUACUACUAACAGUGAAGGUCGUCGUGCGGUGGAACAGCUGCGCGAUUGUUCCCGCGGCAAAACAAAGUCGCCUCCGGUGGGACCGGAUAUCUGCGAGAAGCUAAUGUCACGAGAAGCUACGGAGGAGGAGCUGUAUCCGGAUAUGGAUAAAGCCGCUCAAUUUUUGUUGCGCCGGAGCCAAGUUGAGUUCAAGAUGACAGACAACAGCAAUUGUUUAAGUGUAAAGGAGAAGCUGUGCUGGUAAUGGUGUGCUCGUCGGCACUCCAAGUCUGCGACUCGGCAUCGGCGAGAUGAAACAAAUUCUUCUCUCGAAAAACAUGCCCACCGGGGAUUUCACGAAAAUCUUCUUUCAAUGGCAGCAAAUUUGUACACAGCUAUUUCGUUUUUAUUUUCGUAGUGUAAUCUACUGAGCCAAUUUUCCGUGUCUAACCAGUGCUCCGCAUUUUCCGUUCCGCUUCGGGGCGUGGUGGCAGCAACAAUGGACAACAUUGUAACAAAAUACGUCCUAUGAUUAUUUUUCAAACUUUUAACUUCUAUAUUUCUCUUGCGCGCGCGCUUUGUAUACUAACUAAUCAAACUAAAGAAACUUUUUUUUACGAAAUCCAAUAACCACACUGGGUCCACCCGAUGGAUCGAUGUCCGUCACUGGAGGGGAAGCAACGCCCUUCUGCUCUACACAACGCAUGCACGUCGAAAAAACGAAAAAGAAGAACACGGUAAUCCACUGUUUUAUCACACGCCAGGACAUUCUUACACAGGUACUUCAUGAAAUCUUUUAGUUUUACAUUGCAACCAUGAUCGCUUCUUCGUAUGCAGCAUAGCGACCCCGGCGCGAACGUGCGGCUCUCGCUGGAUAUUGUUGUUUUCAGGAAGUGCGUGGUCAUCAAGAUUCACCUGCGGGGAAUCGAUUUUGCGCAUCGAGUUGAUGAUGUCGGACAUGAUCACGUCGUAUCUUUGUCCCGUCGCAACAGGAACAUGGAAGUAGGAGCAUUUUCUGAUCUGUAGCUCCGAGCCUUUCCAUCAGAAGAGACUAGAUUUUAUGCGCAGGCCACAAUGAACCAGCAUAAAUUAGAGCAUCACUUGCGCACACAGACCUUAUGCAUUACUUUUAUCAUAUGAUGUCGAUACGCCAAGAAUUUGAAUUUCAUUUUGAGGAGAGUUUGCAACACACGCGAUUGCGAUGUAGUAGCAAGCUCACUCUACGUACAGGAAUUUACGCUGCACCGCCCAACGCCGUUCCAGCAAAAAAAAAACAUGCAGAAAUUUGAGACUA